GGAGAGGAGAGGAGAGCGCUGGUGAAAAGAGACGCUUUCCUGAGCUACUUGGGAGAAACAACACCAGCCUUGACACUGAGUGAUGACCGUGGCGCGGAGAGACUCGGCAGACCGGGAAUAAAAACGCGGAAUAAAACACACAGACAGAGAGAGAGAGGGUAGGAGGGUGCACAGUUUGUGGAUACCUGCGCGUCUCCGGUCCGGCCGCAGGUGCGCUAAAUCCCUCUGAAGGGAGAGUUCUUUGGUCCGGAGGAGGAAGUGAGAGAAGAAGAUAUCUGCCUGGGAUUAUUUCUCCUUUUUUCCUCGCCCGGUCUCAUCUGUGUUUCAGUCACUCUCAAAGCAAACUUUCUCAGCUUUUGCAGCGCCUGCAGCCACAGUUCAACUCCAGGUUGGACUCAGAUCUGAAGGAGCUUUGUAAAACCGUGGACUGUUCACUCAGACUGUUUCCAAACGCGGAUUACACCGGACAGCAUCACCAAACCAGAAAGGAGAAUUCCUCUAAACUCCAAACUUGUGUUGUGUGACGCGAGUCUGUCCAUCCCACCUGUGUUUUCUUAUUUAAUGUGCUGAUGAGGAGGACAAUGUCUGGAUUAUUACAGCCGCUGCUCAUCCUGCCCCGGGAGAGAAGGGAAGAGUGAGUGAAGCAGAGAGAGGAGAGAAAAGAGGAGGAAGAGAAGAGAGAAGGGGAAGUCGGUGGCGUUUGGCUGCCGUCCACUAGUUCGUUAGCGCCUUUGCCGCUCGCACUCUCCCACCUCUUUUUACUGGAUACGCGGACACACAUCAAGAGACGCACGGGGAGGACCUGCGUUCACACCCUGGGCCAGUGGGAGGUGACUGUCAGAAGAAAUGCCGGUCCUAGGUGCCCUAGUACAUCACCACCUGGACCAUGGCGACUCCUUGGCCGAUGAGAAAAGAGAGGUGCUCCCAUGGCUCCGCCUGCCUUGCUAGAUGGUCGGUGUCCUGCUUGAUGCUCCUAUGGUUGCCUUGGGUGUUGCUAUGGCUGCCGUGGCCCACCCGAGCUGAACAAGUGGGUGGUGGGGUGCAUGGCGGGAAGGUGCUCCAUGGUUCACUGUCGUCCCCCUCGUCCUCGUCAUCUUCCUCCUCAUCCCCGUCCAGCUCUUCGGCGUGGGGCUUCAACACGAGGCAGAGUGGAGGGCAGCUGGACUGGCUGCUGUCAGAGAAGGGACCUUUCCACAGAUGUCCAGAGUACACCGAGUUCAGGGAGAGGUUCCAGCAGGGAUUUUCUACCAGAUACAAGAUUUACAGGGAGUUCAGUCACUGGAAGGUGAACAGCCUGGCAACAGAGAAGAGAGAUUUCCUCAAAGCUCCAUUGCCCUUAGCGCCAGAGUUCCUUCGCAACCUGCGGUUACUGGGGCGACGGCCAACCCUGCAGCAAAUCAACGAAAACCUCAUCAAGAAGUACGGGACCCACUUCCUAGUCUCCGCUACCCUGGGAGGAGAGGAGUCUUUGACCAUUUUCCUGGACAAGCAGAAGCUGAAUAAGAAGUCAGAGGGUAACAGCAACAGCUCAGUGGUGUCUCUGGAGCUGCUCCAUCAGCUGGCCGCUUCCUACUUCACAGAUCGAGAGAGCACCCUAAGGCGACUGCACCACCUCCAGAUUGCCACCUCUGCUAUCAAGGUAACCGAAACAAGGACAGGCCCUCUCGGCUGCAGUAACUACGACAGCUUGGAUUCGGUUAGCUCAGUGUUGGUGCACAGCCCGGAAAAUAAGAUCCACCUAAAGGGCUUGCAAGAUGUCCUGCCCGAAUUCCUGCGUGGGCGUUUUGUGGAGGCAGCCCUCAGCUAUGUGGCAUGCAACUCGGAGGGCGAGCUGCUCUGCCGCAACAACGACUGCUGGUGCCGGUGCUCUCCCCGCUUUCCAGAGUGCAACUGCCCCUUUGCUGACAUCAAGGUCAUGGAGGAGAACCUGGAGAAGAGCAAAGAGGCCUGGAGCAACUUCAACCAAGAGUUCAUGGAAUCAGAUGAAUUCAAAGCCCUCCUGAAGCGCCUGCCCACUGACCGGUUCUUGAAUGUGUCCAUGAUCGCCAAGUUCUGGUCGGCUGAUUUGUCUCUCCAGAAGCGUUAUGCCCAGCUGGAGUCCAGCACUGCCCUGGUCCUGGGCAAAGCCCAGAAGGUCGUCAGGAAACUGUUCACCCUGAGCAAACGCUGCCCCAAACAUCCCCGCAUCAGUCUGCCCAGAGAGAGGCCCGUUGGGUUUUGGUUGCGCAGAGCUCAGUCUCUGCUCUACUGCAAUGAGCAUGGAGUGCUGGGCUCCUUCUCUGAGGAGGUGAGGAGCUGCAGCUGCCCUGGUGAGCAGGCCACCUGCCAGGGAGUCAUUCCGUGCAUUGUGGGCACCUCCUCCACCUCAUGCUCCUCCUGCGCUACUGAUAAUGCGACCCGCUGCGGAGCCUGUCACCACGGCAACGUCCUCCAUCUGGGUUCCUGCAGGCCGAGCAUCGCUGCAUCCCUGGACCACUAUCUGAACUUUGACUUGGACAUGCCUGAUGCUGAGGUCAGGUAUCUGCUUCAGCGACUGGACAGCAGAAUCGAGGUCCACGCUAUUUACAUCAGCAACGAUGUCCGCCUGGGGAGUUGGUUCAAUCCUGCCUGGAGGAAGAGAAUGUUGCUGACACUCAAGAGUAACAAAAAUAAGUCCAAUCUCAUCCACAUGCUCAUGGGCAUUUCUUUCCAGAUAUGCUUGACUAAGAAUUCAACACUGGAGCCUGUGCCUGCGAUUUAUGUGAAUCCUUUUGGGGGAAGCCACUCAGAGAGCUGGUUCAUGCCGGUGAACCAGCCUGAUUUCCCUGACUGGGAGAGAACUCGACUGGACGCCGUCGUCACGGCACAGUGUUACAACUGGACACUGUCUCUGGGAAACACAUGGAAGUCCUUCUUUGAAACAGUGCACAUCUACCUGCGAAGCCGCAUACUCACAGAUGAUCCAACGGUGAAUGAAACUCUCUUCUAUGAACCGCUGGACCUGGAUGACCAGACAUCCAACAUGGGGUACAUGAAGAUCAACACACUGAAGGUGUUCGGAUACAGCAUGCACUUUGACCCUGAGGGCAUCAAGGAUCUGAUCCUCCAACUGGACUACCCGUACACGCAGGGUACGCAGGACGCCGCCUUUCUGAUGUUGCUGGAGAUGAGAGACCGGAUUAACCGGCUGUCUCCGCCAGCACCGCAGCCCCUGGACCUGUUUUCUUGUCUGCUGCGCCACCGACUCAAGCUGUCAGCCGGAGAGGUGGCACGCAUCAAGGACUCUCUGCAGAUCUUCAACUCCAAGCUUCCAAAUGCUUCUCCAGAACCUGAGCUGGCCCAGCUGUGCAGCUAGCUAGCUCAGCACGCAAGUCAGGUUCAGGAGUGAUGUUACGCAUAAGAGAGUGGAGUUGCUGCUAGACUGAGCAGAGGAGGUCCUACUGAGCUAGCGUCUUGGAUCCAAAUCCUCUGAACAACCAAUUGUAAAGCCUGACUGCUGGGCUUUUCUCAUGGUCACUCUUGGCUGGUUACCUGGUGUCACAUUUUUACAGAAAUUGUUACCAGAGCCCUUUGAUGAACACUUGAGUCAUGUUGGACUUUUGGGAGAACAGCUGAUACUUGGACUGUCUUUCAGAGGCUCUACUGUACGAGCCUGGAGGCUUACUUUUGCUAUUACUGCCCCACUUUUGGCAAACUGUAGGACUGGACAAAGUUAAGAGACUCUCUUACUGCGACAGGUUUUGUGAUGUGGAACCUCAGAGAGCCGAUGUCAUUAAGCAUACCUAAGACAUCUGCCUUGCAAAGAUAAAGGCGGUUUUGAUAUGUAAAGAGGAACUCUUAAGGGGUCUUCAAAAAUGAGUUAAUGGAAGAGAAGAUUUCCCCUUUUCUAACCCUAUUUUCUUUGGCUACAGAACAAUCUCGUGGGAAGGGAAAAUGGGAUAAUAUUAUAUACAGUAUGUGGUGAAUGAGUUGUUAUGUUAUGCUUAACAGUUUCAAAUUUGAUAAUCCUGAACCCUGUUACUGUCUUUGAAUAUUUCUUUUUAAUCCCUGCCUUCCAUUUUAUCUGGCAUUUGAAAACUUGUAAGUAUCUAUGCUUAACAUCCGAGUGAGAAGCCUGUUAGUGAUGUUCUGUCCUUGGUGGUGUGUCUAUACCAAAAGACGGUGAGCACAUUGGCAAACUGAAUGGCAAAAUAUCUUCAGUGUUCAGUUAUUUUUUUUGAGCUGAAGAAUCAUACGGAAUUCUUCUGAUGUGGUAACAAAAAGGUCUGAGGAUACAGCGCUGUAAAUAACGCUCCAUCUAACCCCAGAUGUGGACAAAGUGCACAUUGCUUUUUAGAUAACCGAGUGCAAAGACCAAAAAAAUGUUUAUAACAAAACAAACUCAUGCCUUAUAUGGAGAGUCAAUGUUAAGAUAAGAAGCACAUUUAGUUUCUGUGUUUGAUUUCCCAGAGGAGGCUGUAUUGCUUUUUAUAUUUCAAUAUUUCUACCAAGACAGAACAAACAGACACAUUCUCCAGAAUACGUGGUAAUGUAGCUUUUCCAUGUAAAUGCCAAUCACACUUUCUGCAGUUACUUGUUUUGAUUUGGUGUUGUGAAACUUUGAGUCACUAUUCACAGUGCACACCAGUACUUGCAUACUGUAAUUGUUCUGCAAAAUCCUUCUAUCUCCAAUUAGACGAACUCUGAGUAACUGACUGAACAUGAUUGAUUUUAUGGUUUUAAAAAGGUUUUCGAUGGUUUAAUUUAGUCUCAGGUCAAUGAAAAGAGAUUUUUUUUUUUGUUGAUGUUUUUUUUUUGUUUUGUUUUAACAUGUGGGUCCAAUGUCAGCUGCCAGCGACUGGAGUUACAAGGUUUCUGCAGGGUAGUGAUGGUCCUCUUGAGAGCUGCAAACUUACCAGGAUGAUACUUGAUAUGAUUCUAGAUUUACUUCACUAAUUUCUCACUGAAAGUCAGAAAACCUUGUAUGUCAUUUUCAGCAGUUCUUCUGUGCUCAGCUUGCUUAAGUAAAAACAAAGUGGUUUAUCUA